CCAUUUUAGGCGAGAUUGCUGAGCAUUUUACCUUUACCUGAAUUAUAGCCGCCAUGCUGAUUUUCAAUUUGUAUUCGUUGACAAAAUAAAUAUUAAUUAUCAUAGUGUUUCGACAUAUUUGUAAGUAUUACCAUUGUUUGCAAUUUGUAUAGGGAAAAUGAACUUCGAAGGUUUGAGUUUCUUUUAUACCGACGGCCCAUUACCGAUAUUUGUAUUUGGAGUGAGACUAGUAGUAGUGAGAGUGCAAUCGUAGCUCGGACUCGGAGGUUGUGAAGCUAUGGCUAUGGCGGCAAUCUUGGGUGCCUAGCCAAUUCUGCUUUACAUUACAAGUAACACUGGACCUUUGAUUAUUAAAUACCCAUUCGUGAUAACUGAAAGUUAUUGACUGAAUCUAAACCAUAAAUGCUGAAACGCCAUAAAAAGCACAACUACUUAUUAAUAUGCAUUGUUGGCCCUAGGCCUAGGCAAGAGUAGGGCCACUAGUCACUAGGGCAGUAGCCUCAAUUGUCAAUAGUAUUAGGGCUCAGUAGGUAGGGGUAUACUAAUUUAGUAAUUUAACCUAUAAAAUUAGUUUUUUAAUAGGUAAAUGUUUAGUUUACGGUACUGGUUUAGACAAGAGUUGACUCAUCCUAAAGCUUAGUGACAUCACAGUUGGCAGUUAUUAGUUUACUCCAGCAGCCAGCAGGGAUACUUCCUUACUUAAUUUAUUUUCCUGAGAAAAGGGCAGCAACUCAGUUUUGAAAUUGUUUUACAUUUUUAAAAUAUUUUUUUAAGCUGCUAAAUAUUAAUAAAUAUUAAUGAAUUAAGGAAGGAUGCAUAAAAAAAUGAAUAAGGUUUAAUAGAAAUAUAACAGCGGCGAAAAAAUAAUGAACAAUGGCCAAAAAAUCGAUAUUUGGCACCUCGGAUGAAUAGUGAACACAUGCUAGAUAUAGACGCGCCGUACUAAAGCACACAUAGUUUUAAAGUGAAACAAGAUAAAAACUUGCGAUUUUAAUUAAAAUCACGCCAUAGCUAGAAGUCUCGAGGGACGCUAGAUUUCAUUGCUAGUUUUAACUAAAAAUAAGAGAGCUUUGUUGCUAUGCACCGGGACGCAUUUGACACAUCCGUCAAAACCCCCAAAGGACGCAUUUUGUCGCAACCUUCGGAAAUGUGAAUCAGUAAAAUUUUGGGUUAAGAACCGUAAGGGUAAAUUUUGGGUUAAUGUUAUGGGUAUUGCGAAGAGUUGUCUCACCCUAAGUACAGUGAUGUCACUUCGGGCUUAGGGGAAUCCCAGCCCUGGACUUAGGGUGAAUAAUAAUAAUGAAGUUUAUUUGAAAAAAUGAUGCUUCAUCCUCAAAGACUCGAAGCGCGGUACAAAGUCAACCAUAUUAAAAGAGAAAUGAAAUAAUCUAUAUUUGACCACAUUGAAACCCCAAACGCAACACUCAAAAACUUAAACGAGCAUACCCAUUAAACAACUUUCAUCCCUUGCAACGAUAAACAACACAAGCCAAUAUACAUCUAGGAGAUAAUAGCUUGCUGGAAAAGAUGGUAGAAAACAUCACCCCAGCAGAUGUUAGGGAAAUAGAUGUGUUUUCAAAUCGAUUUUGAAGGAUUCCAGUGUCAGGCUGUUUCUGACAGCGACAGGAAGGGUGUUCCAAAUUGUUGGACCAGCAAAUGCAAAAGUGUGCCUUUCGUAAGUCUCAAGGCGAACAUGCAGUGUCGAGAGUUUGCCACUAUCGGAUGAGCGGAGUUGUCUAGUGGGUACAUAAGGCGUCAUGAGCGCUUUGAGAUAGGACAGCACCAGGUCAUGCAAGCAGCGGUAGCACAGACUUGCAAUUUUUUACUCUAUGCGAGCACGGACCGGCAGCCAAUGCAGCUCUCUCAGAAGUGUUUUAGCAUGGUUGAAUUUGCGUUUGCGAAGAACAAUGGGCGCUGCAUUAUUCUGUGCUUUUUGAAUUUUAUCCAGGAGCGUAACCGGGAAGACCCACCAUGAGAGCAUUGCAGUAGUCCAUUGGUGAUUUCCCAUUAGUAUCCUAUAAAAGCAAUUUAAACAAUUUGAUACUUUCAGGCAUGAAAAUAUUGAGGAAAACGGGCUUUGUGGUACGAGAACGUUUAUAGUAAGGGGUUUUUACUGUAUAAGACCCCCAUUGCCAAAGCACAUUAAAGAGAUGGUUUGUGCACAUAAAGCAAAAUGAGAGGAACAUGGAAAAUAAUCUCAGUUUAUAAAACUUUUAUAUCAUAUUCCAUUCUUAUAAGCUAUUAGUAUUAUAUAAAACUUACAUCGAACCUUAAAUUUAAAUAAAACCAAUGACGCAAAUUUUUUUUAGGUAAGUCAUUCAUAGUAAGAUAAAUAUUCUAUUUUUGAAAGAUUAUUUCUAGUCUUUAAACUUUAAAUAUGAUAUGAUUGAUGCAUGUUUCGAGUGCAAUAAAUUGAGGCCGUAAUCAUUUUAGCAGACCUCUUUACCCUCAAACUCUUAAAAUCAUACAAUAUUAUCACAAAAUAGUUAAAUACCUUAUAUUUAUAUUAAAAAAUAAACAUACAGUACCUGUAUAUAUAAUGUUAUAUACUUCAAAAUCAUACAUUGUACGCCAAAAUCGUAAGAGUAAACAGGUCUGUUUUAUUAGAGCCUUUUUUGGAAUUUAAAAAAGCUUUAAAGCUCAUUUUACAAUGUUCAACAAUAUUUAAUUAGUUACAAUCUUAAGACUUUUUUUAUUUUACUUUAAAUAUUUGUUGUAUCAUAACUUAUCGCAAUGUUUUUCAAGUAUUUCAUUUUUCUUUGUUUAGAUAAACUUGUUGACACCAUGCCUGAGCUUCAUUUGGAUAUAGCUGUUGCAAAUAGAUUUAUCUCAAGUCUGAGUAAAUCUCUCCAGGCUUUAUGCCAUGGAUGCAUGGAUUUUGAUUCAGGAAUUGAAAUUGUUGGCUAUAUAAAUAUCAAUAUUGAUAGUGGAAGUAAAGUAGAUUAUGUCCUAAAUGAAAAAGUUUUAAAGAGCACGAACAAUUCUAUGACAUUUGUUAGCAAUAGUUUUUUAGCUAAGAAAGAACAGCCUAAACAAACUCGUGAUGGAGCUUGCUCACCAAUAACUGGAUUAGCACCAUACAGCACACCAUCAUAUCAUUCUCGUACAUGGGGAUCACAUCUUGGAUCUCAGCACCAUAGACCUUCAUCACAGUUUGCUCAUUCUCAAGUACUUCAUGGGGCUCAAAAACGACAAUGGGCUGGCGACUGGAGAGCUUCACAAAAGAAGCAUAGGCCAAUUAGUACUUCGGGAGAGGGAUUAUCUAAUUCACAAUCAUCUAGUCACACAUAUACAGACAGUUUUAAACAGCCCCAAUUACCUAAUUUAGGAAGUAUCACAGACAAUACUGGUGAUAGUGAAAGUCAGCUAAUAAAAAUUAAAAAGGAAGCUCUUGAAACGGAUAAUGAUUCAUCAGCUUUACCUGAAGCAGAUUUUUCCACAGCACAAGAUCAAUCUAUUGAAGAUCAAACAUCUGACUCUCAAACAAAUAUUAAAAUAAAAAAUGAUCCAGAUGCCACUCAUUCAAAUGACAGUGAAAUUAACCCUGAUGAUGGCAAUCAGGAAAAAAAAGGCACUGAUUUUCAAGGCACUUUUCUUGAGCCAUCCUCUGAUAAUCAGGAUGUACCUGAUGAACAAAGCAGUGAUCAGUCAGUUCUCAGACAAACAACUCCAUUGAGAAUAACAUCUGAAACAUCUAAUUCAGGUGGAGAUUUUGCAGAUGAACAAAGUAAGGCGAGUACUAGUGCUGUGGAUACUUGUGAAGCAGAUGAUACAGCUCAUGAAGAUGAACCAUCAGGUUCAGAUAUGCCUUUAGAUUAUGAUCAGGGCAAUGAUGAUAUGCCUUAUCCACACUCCGUUCACUCUGAUGCUGGCGAAGGUUCCAGUGAUACUGGCCAGUUUGAAGUAAUAGAAAUUGAUGAUGAAGAUGAAGACGUACAGGCUAUGUUUGGUGAUCCUCGUAAGUAUAUUCUGUUAUUAUAAUUUAUUUGCCAACUUGACAGUAAUUUACACAAUUUACAAAAGCCUUAUAUAUAUAUAUUAUAUAUAUCAAUGCUUUUGUGGCUUUAAAAAAAAAGACUAAUUCUGCCUCCAGUGCCAACCUUGUUUUCAAUUAGACAGUGUUAUGAGCAAUUAGAAAAGUAAAUAGCUGUUUUCAAAUCAUACUCAUAUUUAGUUAGAGGCAGACUGUAGGCAACAGUAAAAGUGCAUUGUAAAUAUAGAAUACAUUAAAUCAUUGACAUCUGUGCACUGAUUACUGUUUCCAAACAGCCUAAAAAUGUGACUUAAUGUUUUUAAAAACUUUUUACAAUAAUUUAGAUAUUUCUUAUAUACACGAUAGCUAAAUUGCACCUAUGGCCAUGGCCUAUGACUCUUUUACCAAUGAUUUUAACUUCAGGAAAAAAAAGGAAUCAGACUAGUAGUUAUAUGAAGCAUAAUAAUAAUAAUAGAUAUUUAGCAAAGAAAAAUAGCUUCUUUCUAGAAAAAUUCAAUAAGAUAGUUUUGAUGAAGUGAUUUCUUGAAAAUAGUGUAUUUAACAUACUUAAUGGAGUCUUAGAAGAAAACUGUACUUGAGUCAUUGAAGAAAACAUUUGGACAAAAUAGGAUUGUUCGGACACCCUUGCAAUAAAUUGGUAGUUAAAAUACCACAAGUAAUGCGGCAAUUUGAAUUUACGGAAUGUUAUUGUUGAUGGAGAUUAUGUAAUUAAUCUUUUAAAAUUGUGGACCAUUUAUGAUAAUCUAUCCAUUUUAUUGCUUAUAAAAAGAAUGACGUUGAGAAAAUAACAUCAACUUCACAGGUGUUUAUAAUGUAUAGUUUAUGUUGCAGAGUUAGGCUAUAUUUUAAAUCAAAUUUGUUGUAACAGACUUUUGUGUUAAGAAAAUCAAUUAAAAACUAAAAGAACUGUUGCCAUUGCAAAUUUAAGAUCACUGCUGCAACCUUUUUUUUGCUUCAGUGUCUUGCGCCAAAAUUUUUAUUCGGUUGAUAUUUUGUUGUUUUGGAUGACGUUGAACUAUUUCAUGUUGCGCUAUGCCUAUACGUAAUUACGCCAACCAAGACAUAGAUAUUGAUUAUCUGUUCCCAUUUUACUUCAUGGUAAGUUUAAUUUAAAAUAGUUUUGUUGCACUCGGCACUAUUUUUGUUUUGUUUUUUGAGUUGGUCUAAUCUUAUAAUUUGAAAAAAUUUAUUCAUAUAAUUAUUUUAAAUUUUAACUGUAAAAGGAUUAUUUUUAAAGGGCCAUUGCAUUCUAUAAAUAUUUCUACUAUGCAUAUUAUUAUUGGAUGAUAGUAAAAUAAAUAUUACUGGCUAUAAAAAAAUAUUAUUGACUAUAAAAAAAUAUUUUGCAAUUAUUUUUUUUCUUUUGUUUUUUGUCUUACUAUUUUUAGAUGGUAUUUUCUGUCAUGUAAAUUUUUUUCCUAAAUUAGAGCAUUAGAAUUUUAGCCGAGUUUUGUUUGUAAAGGCAAGGCCUAUAAAUAAUAUUUGGUCAAGUUAGCUUAUUUUGUUGUUUGCUGUGCAAAUAAAAAAAGAGUGAAGAUUGUUCUUGAUAUUCAAUUAUUCUACUAUCUACAUAUUCGCAUGCUUAUGUUACAAAGCUAUGAACAUUUUCAUGACAUCAACUUCAUUUUGAUAUUGAUCUGAAUUUAUGAUUCCCCUGGAACAGGUGUGGGUUUUUUUGUGUGCUGGUCAAAAAUGACAAAAUUUUUGAUGCAGCCUUUUCUCAUGUGACUUCCACAGUUUUGAAGAUAUAGCUUUUAUUUCGUAUCUUUUAAGUGUAGGCUGUACUUUUUCACGUUAUAUAAAAUUAUUAAGAGCAGUGGUUCUCAAAAUUCUUCAGAAUACACCUCCUUGUGACUAUUAUAUUUCAAAUUGAUUCUGCUGUUGAGUUUCUCAUGGUCCAAUCAACGGCCUUUAGAAAUAAGGGUGGUGACAGGACAGUAAGCACUCCUGACCCUUUAUGUAAAUUGCUUAAUGAUCUGUCUUUCAUGCACGAUACUGCAGUUUGUAUUCAGAUAUGUGCUGUAUUCAGAUAUGUGCUUUUAGGUUCAUUAUUUAAUAGGGCUUAUGUCCCCUGUUCUAAUACAUAGGGAUGACUUUUGCAUAGCACUGAAUGACAAUUAAACUAAUACUUUUCUGAAAUUUUUUGAAGGUGGCACUGAUAGAUGCAUUCUGCUCCUGAUCAAUUUCAGAUCCUUAACCCACACACGGACAGCAAAAUAAUUAGUAUAUUCAAAAUGAUGGCUACUAAAAUUUUCACCUAUUUCUAUGUUAAAAAUGUUAUUUCUGGUGGAGAUUAUUAAAAGACACAAAAGUAUUUGCGUCCACCAGUGGGGUUCAGCUUUAUUAAUAUAACAAAUUUUAUGGCAUUAUAUUAAGAUAUUUUUUAGAUAUAUAUCUGCUUGUGUUAACAAAUUUUAUUUGUUGUAAAAUUUACUUAAUAGGCAAAGAAUAGGGAAGUUAUCCGACUAAUUGAAAAAUGGUAAAGUCGAAGCUGAUUUUUGUUAUAUUUGUCUACCAUGUGGAGUUAAAUUGUCAGUUAAAUUCUAUUUGCAAUAUACUAAAGUAAAGCUGUUCAUCGUAUGAAAUCUGACAUGAAAACUUUUUAAAAUAAAAAUGCCCAAAAUACUACUGUGCCAUGUAAUCUCAUCAUUUUACUUGAUAAAAGCACAAUGAUAAUCUGAUUAUUCUUAAAUUAAAAUAUUUAGCUCAGGCAUGUUAUUUUUGAAGCUAGAGCUUUUCAUCACUGUUAAAAGUAGUUGGCAUGCCAUAUUUGGUAUGAGUGAUAUGAGCUGCUCACCACUGUUCAUGGAUUUUUUUGUGUACUACAUUUUGUUUCUUCAGUAGAAAUUUGUAUACCUGGAUCUGGAGAAACUAGCAUAUAUCAAGGGUAUUGAAUAUUUCAGAUUUACAGAUGAACUUGAAUGGAGAAGUCAAUUUUAUGUGUGCUUAUCAUACAAGUCCAUAUUUUUCUUUGGCUUAGCUUAUUUUUUUUGCCAUACAGCAAAGGCCAUGAAGAUUGUUUUGGGGGCUGUUGCUUUCUCAUCCAGUUUGAAGAAAAGACCAAUGACAUCUGCAGAGCGUAAGAGACUUUUCCGAGAGCGCUUAAAGAGAGAUCCAGAAAGGUAUAAUGCUCAUCUUGAAAGAGAAAGAGAACGAAGCCGCCGUCGACGAAUAACUCAUUUGCAUACAAUAAACAGAUAAUAUCAAGACGGAUGAAUCUUAAAAUUUCUGAAUAUGUAAAAGUAAGUAUUUGACCAAAUUUGAAAUAUUUAAAUAUGUUUUUUCCACAUAUUCCAACAGAAAUUGAACUUUGUGGAUUAAAAAUGCACUCCAAAAAAUAAGAUUAAAAAAUAUAUGUUGAGUUACUUUCAAUAAUUGGUCAGAUAAUUUUAGUACAUCUAAGUUUCAGACUGAGCGCCAAAAAAUGUAUUUGCAUAGGAAUAUACAGCAGUGCUUCUCAAGACCAGUUUAUUUGUCUAUGUGUAACAUGAGAUUACCCUAAAGGCCGUGCAAUGGAAGAAGUUAGAAAUAUAGUUUUGGAGUGAUUGUCGUAAUCACUCACGGAUAGGGUUCCCCAAAGCUGAAUUCUUAAUAAAAUAAAAAUGAAUGAAAUGCUAAUUAUUGGUAACUGCAACUUAAACUGGAAGUGAUGCAUCAAGGAUACAUUAAGCAGAAACUUAUUGUCCAAGGACCUAUGGAUCAAUGUUCUGUUUUGUGUAAGAGUCAUAAUCUAAAUAUUUGCUUCUUUGUUAGAGUGUAACUAUACCAACUGGUGAUCAAUUAUUAAAUUUAAUAUUUAAAAAAUUAAUAUUGGCUUUUUGUCUUGCUUGUUGGGUGUGUUCUUAAUUUUAUCAUUGUUUCCAAUAAAUGUAUAAAGCCUGUUAAUACUGGAGACAGAGUUAUUCAUUUCUAAAAAUAAUUCCAGAGCAAGCAUUUUAUUAAGAAAAAUAUACAUAAAAUAAAUAUUAGUUAACAUUUUUCAAUUGCUAUAGAGACAUAAGCGACCUGUACACACAGGUUGGUCUACACCUGCUUAUUUUAUGUCUAAUCUAUAAUAUAUGUAAAGUUGGCAAAAUGAAUUUUUAAAAUAAUAAAUAUUUUAGUGCAUAUAUUUACUUUGACUGUUUCUGCUGUAUUUCUUCCUUUUUUUUUUGCCUCUAAAUUAAAGUAUAUUUUGAAACAAAUAACUACCAUACGAAACAAAUAACUACCAUACUACCAUUUUUAAUUAUUUGAAUUACCAAAAUGAUUACUACCGCUGGAUAAUUCUUCUAUCAUAUUAAACUUACAAGAUAAUUUUAGGGUAAUAAGAGACUUCAGACAAUUUAAUUUGUGAACUACUAUUUUAAAAUUGAUUCUUUCAUUUUAUUUAGAAUUAUUUUAAAAAAAAUAUUUUUCAGACUAAUUUUUAAAAAAAUGUACAUAUCAUUAAUUUUUCCACUUGAGAUUAAUUCACCAUUAGUGGUUCUUUUUUAAUGUUAUCUCAUAGAAAAAACUAAAUAGUUCUUCAUUAUCAUUAUAAGAGCAUAAACUAAUUUUAUUUUUAUAUUGAUUUUUAAUUUGAAUGUUAACACUUAAGUUUUAUUGUAACCCUAAUCAUACAUGAAUGAUCUUUGUAUUAUUAUACACAAAUUAUUUUUGUAAAAUACUUUAUCCUAAUGCUGUAAGCUAAAUAAGAAACUAACUAUUGAUUUGUUAUUUGCAUAAAUGCAAAAAUAUACAUUACAGAAAUCACCAUGUCACUUGAAAAUUGUGUAUGAUAUUCUCAAGAUAAUAAUUUCAAUUUAACUAAUAAUUUGAAAAUGGGUUUGUUAAAACUGUAAAUUGAAUACAACAUUGUUAAAUUUGAGGGACAAAAGCAACCAUAACUUCUCAUAUUUUGAUUAUGAGACUCUGUUUUAAGAUGCUGCCAAACACUUCAUAUUCUUAUCCUUGGGAUAAAGAAUAUCCAUUUACCUUUAUUUACCUUUUUUUUAAAAAAGGUAAUUAUGCAUGAAUGUACAUUUAUGGUACAUAAAUAUAUACAGUAGAGUGUCACUUUUUAGAACCAACUGGGACGGGGGGUUGUUACAGUUAACUUAACGAUGCCAUGUAAAGGUUUCACUAAAGAAGUCUGUGCAAAGAAACAAGAUGAUCUUACUUCAUAGUUAUACACCAAUGGUGCUUUAUUCAGUGUCUCUUAACAAACACACACACACACACCCCUUCUCCUAUUUUGUCAUAUUUUGCUUGAGGCCCUCUUCCCUGGUAAUAUAUUUUAAAGUUGCUCUUUAUGUAUAGAAAGUCCUUUUUUAAAAGUUUUUUUUGCCUUCAAGAAAUGCUCUAAGUCAUAUAGACAAUUUUGAGAAACACUGCUUUGAUGUACAGUGUAUUAACUGCAUGGUGUCAAAAACAGAUUAAGUCUGAAAUGAUGUUUUAAUGAGAAAAAGUUGAUAUUCUAAACCAGUUAACCGGUGCUUAGAAUCGAGUUCAUUUUGUCUUGAAGGCACCUCAUCUUUCAAUAUAUUUUAUUUACAAGUUUACAGAUUGUAUUAUUCCAAUCUGCAUGCACAUUACAUAUCUAGAUUUUCAGGAAUGUGCAACAGGGGUUCCAUUGCAUGCACAUUGCCCACGAUGAUAUUAAUAAAAAUAAUAAUAAAAGACUGGGGUUGUUAGAAUAUGAUGACCAAUGCUUCUGAUAAUCAGCAUUUGGAAAACUACACUCUACUGUACAUAUACAUAUAUACUGCCAUAUAGUUUUUUUUUUAAGUAGUGAAAUGUAAAAUUUACCAGUCUUAACACGACUGUUUAAAAAAAAAAAGGACAAUUAACCAUGUUUUGGGAAAUUUAGUCUUAUUACUUGGACAGCACAGCUUUAAAUAUGUUUUUAAUAAAUCGCAGCUUUUUUUUAGCAAUCAUUUUCCCAAGAAAUUGUAUGCACACUGUGCUAUAAAUGUGUUCUUAUUUCUGGUAGUUUCAUAUAAAGAAAAAUGUUUGCAAUUAUCUUUCAUAAUUGUAAUUAACUUCUAUAUUAAUGAAGUUGUCAUGUUGAAUGAUAAAAAAAAUAAUUUGUAUCAAUGUUAAACUCUUUCUCUUGCAGAUAGCGCUUCAUCGCAUUUUUCCCAAACACAACACCUUCGCUCUCAUCGCAAUAUUUCGUAUAAUACUUCAUUGCACAAUCAAUCAACUGGUAAUCAAGUUGAUCAUCAAGAAUUAAAAGAAUCAUACCUCAAAUUUGACAGCAUCAAUCAGAUGUAUGGUUGCCAGUCAUGUGGCAAGAAGUACAAAUCUUCAGCAGGAGCUAGACUUCAUUAUAGAAUUAAACACUGUGGUCUUUUCGAUCAUUAUUGUUCAAUGUGUGGCAAAGGCUUCCAGCAAAAAUCUCACUUGAAAUCUCACAUGUCUCUUCAUAUUCAACAGAAAGAUUUUGAAUGUAACAUUUGUGGCUCAAAGUAUGCACAUAAAACAUCCCUUACUGCUCAUCAAAAGUUGGCACAUGGAUCUGUCAUGUAAAACACUGUUGUACAAUUUCAUCAGGUUUUUUUUGUGUGGACAUUAUUCAAAUUGUGGGCCUCAUAAAAUUUUUUAAAUCAUCAUUAAUUUGUUGCCUGUAAUUUCAAUUGCUGAGAAUAAUCAUUUCUUAUUCCUCUUGAAUGCCAUUUGUUUGUCUGGCUUAAACUUGGGAAAAGAUUUGUAUGACCUAUUGAAAUUACAUAAGGUAUGUGAUGAAAGAUUAAGUUCUAUUCAAAAACAUAUCACUAAGCAUAACGUUCAAUUCAGAUCCAUUUUUAAAACAAACAACUUAAAAAAAAAAAUUUAUUUAAUGUGUUAUGUUGGUGUUUUUGCUGCAAUUUAAACCAAGGAAAUAUGCAUUUAUAUAAGUUAAAAAUAAAUUUACUAUUACUAAUAAAACUGACAGACACAACACAUCCGUUACAUAUGUAUGAGAUUUUAAAAAAUCUUUCUACUGCCACAGUGAAUCAUAAAAAUUGACGGCUUUUAUUAAAAAUCUUUUUUAGGUCAAGGGACAUUAGAUGAAUGCUUUGUCUUUUUAUUUCAGACUGGAAUGUUAAUAGAAACUCCAUAGUGCCAAUGGAAAAUAGAGCUUCAAUGGUUGAUCCAGUAAAUUUUCUGGGAUCUAAAGAAAGAUCUACUAUUGUGUCAAAUGAAACAUGGGAUGCCUCUCGGCAUGUUCAAAAUAGUUCACAAGCAUACUCUGGAAUUGAGCUUGCUGAUGGUACUUGGCGUUACAAGUGUAAUUUAUGUGGAGAGGUUCUGGGAAAUAUUUCCCUGUUGCAGCGUCACAUGAACUUGUUGCAUAAGGAUGCUCAUGCAUUGCCUUUUUCUUGUUCUAUAUGUGGCCAAGGAUAUUUCUCUACCUGUGCAAUGAGACUGCAUAAACAAACUCAUCUUGUCGGAAGACAGCAUAUUUGUGAAAUAUGUGGAUUCAAGUUCCUUCAUAAACAUCAUUUAAAACGUCAUGAGAAAAACAUACAUAAACUGACACGUUGCAUUAAAUGCUCCAGUCUUUUCCCAGUAGAAAAUUAUGCUGCUCAUUUUUCCUUUUGUAAUGGUUGAAAAUGCAUCGGGUAUUAUGGUUUUUUUAAAUGAAAUAAAAUAUGUUUUUUUAUAUUAUUUUUUAAAAACUUAUUUAAAUAUAGUGGGGUUUGUUUAUUUGUCAUGGGCAGACCACUUGGACCACAUAUUUCCCGAAAUACAAAAGAGUUAAAAUUUCAUCUACAGCUGCCCCUGUGUCCAUUUUAACAUGAAGUUUUGACUACAUGAUAUUGUUCUUUACAUUGAAUUUAUUAGUCAACAAAAUAUAACAAAAUAACAGUGAAAUAUUGAAUGCAUCAAACUCACCUUGAAUCACAGCAUUUUCAGAAUAAGCAGGGAAGUUGCAUCCCUUUUUAAAGGAUGUUUGAAACAUAAAGUUUUAAGAGUAUUUGAAAUUGAUUGAAAUUGGAAAUAACUACCCGAUGAAAGUCAUUCCAAUAAAAAUCUGAUGUAGAUGGGAGUACAAAACCCCAAAGUUUUUUCUUUAAUCCCAUAUUUAAAAAACAUGUUAGGAAAUAUAGUUACUUGAUGUUUUGAGAAUUCAUUUCCAUAUUUUCAAUGUUUUAGUAUGUGCAAAUAUUUUGUACUGUGCAUUAAGUAUCAUUUUGUUUUAAAAUAUUGUUUUAUCUGUAAAAAAUUACUGUCCAUAAAUUAGACUUCAAAAUAUUAUUAGGAAUUUCAGAACAAAAUGAACUUCUUUUUAUGUACUUUUAGUUAACAUUUGAACAUGAUUUUCUAUAUCGGAUUUAUUUUUAAGUGCGUUUUAAAUUUCUGAUGUUCCUUUGAGAUAUGGUAUCUUGUGUUUCAGGGAGCUUGUGUGUCAACAAAACUCAAGCCCUCUCCAGAAAAAGGACUCAAUGUAAAGUUGAGAAGCAGCCAAACAUUAGAGAAACCAUUUUAAUGCCCUACCUCACAGAAACACACUUCAGUGCACAUAAGAGUUCAGCGGGGUCCCAUUCGAUAGAAAAUUUAUCUACUACUGCCAACAUAGCAGAGACUUGUCCAAUAUGCAGACAGCCCUUGGGAAAUGCAUCAAUAUAUCAAAAGCACAUGAAUGAAUAUCACAAAGAAGCCAAAAUGCUUCCAUUUAAUUGUGAUGAAUGCCAACAUGGCUUUUUCACUCAAAGUGGUUUGCGAUAUCACCAAGAAACACACGGAGGACAAAAAUUUACAUGUUUUGUCUGUGAUGCGAAGCUGAAACACAAGACUAUUAUGAGGAGACACAUGGAAGGAACACAUUUUCUCAAGGAAUGUAGAUAUUGUGAAUCUUACUUCAAGCAAGGCCAAGAAUUUAACCAACAUAUUAUUUCAUGUUCAACAAAAAAGUAGCAGAUACUAAUUAUACAUUUUAAUUCAAAUUAGGGGGUCAACCUCCUAAAAUAGUAUACUGUUAAAUUAAGAAAGAUGUAUUUGAAGUACAACUAGCAUCAAUUUUUGAAAUCAUGUCUGUAUUGAUUUUCAUUUUUUAUAACUUGUUCCAUCUGCAGCAUUUGUGUUGCAAAGAAUUCUAUCAAAAAGCAUGUUUUCCUUUUUAAAUGCCAUUUAACACAUCAAAUGCUAUUAAAGAUGCGAUUGCUUUGUUUCAGGAGAUUAUGCUGCCAUACCCCGAGCUAAACAAAAACAACAUUCAAAUUGGCGACGAAAUGCUUUUCAUUCUUGGCAGUCUCCACAGUCAUCAUCAUCUGGCGCUAAAAAUGUUACAAGGCCAGUUUUAGGGGACAAUGUUCAACCCACGGAUGUCACAGGAUUCCACUCUUUCAAUUCUGAUGUAUUUCAGUGUUCAUAUUGUCCUGAGGUUUUCCAUUCACGCAUAUUGUAUCAAAAACAUUUAAACAGUAAUCACAGAGAAGAAGGAGCUCUACCUUUCAGCUGCUCCAUGUGUCAGAAAGGCUUCUUUUCACUAACUGGGCUACGUCACCAUAUGGAGGCACAUAAAGGUCGCCAGUUCAUCUGUGCUGUUUGUGAUGCAAAGUUCCAACAUAAGCAUCAUCUAAAACGCCAUACCGAAGGGGUUCAUGGACUGAAAGAGUGUCGUAUAUGUCUAGGGAUGUUUUCGAUUGGCCCAGAUUUUAAUUCUCAUGUUUUAAACUGUGGACAGGGUUAAGCCUAAAAUAAUUUUUCUUUUGUAUAUUAUAUCAGUGGAUUGGAAACUCAAUUAAAUUUUUUUAAAUUGUAAAAGUUUCGUUUAGUGGUGUGUUUUACAUUAAGUUAUAAAAUUAUUUUUUGGAAACAUGUUUUAAAUUAAACCAAUUUUUAAAUUAUAGCUGUUUAGUCUUUAAAGCAUACAUAGGUUAGUUAUUUUGAGUAAAGAUUGUUUAUUUUGGUGAACAAGUUGAACGAGUGAAGUACAGUAGCUGACACUUCAUUUUAUAAACAGUUUAUCCACAUUUUAUUUUGCCAUGGGUUAUAUACCUGGCUACACAUGUAUUUAUUUCUUCAAGUUACCAUGUUUGAAUCAUUAUUCAGAUAAAAUGUAGAAAAUAGUUGCUUUUUUAUUUUUUUUUUUGGUAUUUUUUUUGUUGUUGUUGUUGUUGAAAACAACCCCACAUUUUAUUUUUCAGAAAGUAGUUGUAACAGAGGCCCCAGACUACAAAGAUUGCGAGGAAGAGUUAAUGAAGUUAUGGUUCCAAUGUUAAAAAGAAAUCACAAUAACUUUGUGGAAUCAAAGCCAUCUUUUAUUCCAACUGUUCAUCAGAACUUCUUUGGGCAUUCUACUUACCAGGCCUGCCCAUGUGUAUUAUGUCCUGAAAUACUUCCAGAUCAAUCUGCCAUGAGAACACACUUAUCGCAGUUUCAUGGAGACACCAUGCCUUUUACAUGUACUCUUUGUGGCAAAGGCUAUGCCAGCAUCUCAGGACUUAAUCAUCACAUGCGUCUACAUGAAGGAAAAACUUUCAUGUGUCCUAUUUGCGAUUCAAAAUUCACACAGAAAAGCACCAUGAAAACUCACUUAAAAGGAAUUCAUAUGUCAGCUCAAUGCAGUCAGUGUUCAUCCAUUUUAAAAAUUGGCCAAGAAUUUGAAUUCCAUGUCUUAUACUGCAAAAAGAAAUAACGGUGGUUUUAAAAAAAAAAUGCACUACUGUGUCCAAUUUUUAUUGUUUUAUUGAAGGAAAUGUGGUUUUUUUUUUUAAACAGCAAGAUCUUUCUGACAAAUCAGUACUGAACGAGUCAACGAGUCAAAUGAAUUCUGAUAAAUUUCUUUUGUUUCAGAAGCCAAUUUUCGAAAAAGAAGAAAGUCAUCUAACGUUGAAAGGAUGAUUACUGCUUCAGGGUUGAAUUGGCCGCAGAGGUUUGAUUACAACAUUGGAGUUGAUACUCAUUCAACCCCAACUUCAGCCGAAAGCCACUGCUGCUGCACUCAUUGCCCAGAAGUUCUACCUGAUGGGUUUACUCUACAAAGACACUUAAGAGAAACCCAUGGCAUUACUAUGCCUCAUGUUUGUCCUAGAUGUGGGAAGGGCUAUCUCACACCUUCUGGCUUGUACUAUCAUAUUCAAGCAUCACACGAAAAGAAAUCUUUCCUUUGUCCCAUAUGCGAUGCAAAGUUUACUCGUAAAGGCACAAUUAAGUCCCAUCUGAUGGGUGUUCACAAUGCAGGGCAGUGUCCAAAAUGCUCCCUAUUGGUCAAAUUUCAAGAUUACAACAGCCAUGUGGAACAGUGCUCUGUAAAUUGGCCUAAGAAAGCAAACAUUUUUAGUUAAAUUAUCAACAUCUAUUGUUGGACUGACCAGAUGAUCUGUGGACUCAUUAAGUUAAUUUCAUGAUUAUUGGAUUUUGUUUUAAUCUUUAAUGUUAACUACUCUUGAUGUAUUUUAUUUUUAAUAUUAAAGAUAUUCAUUACGAAAAACAGUAGAGGUUAUCAUAAAAGAUCAGUUUUUUCCUUAAGAAUUAAUACAUUCAUAAUGACAAACUUUACUUGAUUUGCUUGUAUUAAUUUUUUUUAAACUUGAAAUGGUAGCAAAGUGACAUGGAUAAUCUACUUCAAAGACUUGUUCGUUUUUUAUACCUAAUCAUGAUUGUAAAACUGUGGAUUACUUUUAAUAUUCUGCAUGUACUAUAAAUAAUGCUCUGUGUUAAGUGUAUUUAUCAACACUUUUGGGAUGUGCUUGUUAUGCCUUGAUAAUAUUAAGUCACUAGUGAAGAAGUUUUUUUUUUUACAGGCAGAGAGUGUCUGCUGUUGUUAACUGUAUGAAAAUGAAAUAGACUUCUCACAUUUGUUUUAUUUCAGGGUUGAAAUUUAAUAGAGGACGAGGACGUAGACAACGUCCAAGUUUGCGGCAUAGAGACUCUUUUCCAAGUCCUUCUAACAUUGAAUCUAAUACUCUCUGUCACAGAAGAGGGUCAAGUGUAUACCAAGGAAAUCCCAAAAUGGGCCAGCUUAUUCCUUGCCCACAUUGUUCAGAGCUUUUGCUUGAUGAUUUUUGUUUAAAAAGUCACAUUUCACGUUUUCAUGGCCACUUAAUGCAUUAUACUUGUUCACUUUGUGGUAAAGGAUAUCAGACGUCCAUGGGGCUCCGCUACCAUAUGCAAGCUCAUCAGGGACAAAUCUUUGCUUGCCCAAUAUGUGAUUGUAAACUGACUCGCAAGUUCUCUCUUAAGAUGCACUUAAGAAAUGUUCAUAAUUCUGCAAAAUGUUCCUCAUGCUCUGGAAUUUUUACACUUGGCGCUGACUAUGAAAGUCAUAUUUUAAACUGUGGCUUCAAUUAACAUUUCUGAGAAGUAUUGUAUGAACAUUUGUUGGUUUGGAGUUACUCUAAUAAUGGAAAAAAGUUAUGACUCAAACUAGAAAUAUGAUAUUUAAUCUGUUUCAGGCCUCACAUAUGCUAAUAGGCAGGAAGUCAACACAUUGCCACAUUUCCAAGCGGCCGCUCCUUAUUCAAAGUUGCACCCUUCAUCAAGUCUUAAUUCUUCACAUCACAAGAACUAUCCUCUGGCAUCAGAGUAUCAGUGUCAACACUGCCAUGAAAUUUUCUUAGAUAACUAUAGCCUGAAAAAUCACUUAUCUAGUCAGCAUGUGCAGUUCAAAUGCAAACUGUGUGGCAAAGGCUAUCAGUCAAUUAUGGGAUUACAUUACCAUAUGCAAAGGCAUGUUGGGAAAACUUUCAGCUGUUCAGUUUGCGAUCAGAUUUUUACCAGGGACUCCUCACUAAAACUUCAUGUUAAAAAGCUUCAUAAGUCUGCAAAAUGUCCAUCAUGUAGUGGAAUAUUCAAACUUGGUCAAGACUACACACAACAUGUUGUUAGAUGCAAAAUUUGAUUGUUAUCUUUGUUUUUUGUUUGUUUUUUUUUUCCUUUGCUGCUGUUGUGAGAAAUUAAGAAUAGAGCCACUCAAAAGCUCUUAAGCUGGGCAAUCAUUUCUUAGUAAAAAAAGUCAUUUGUUGGUUACAUACUCAUUUAAUUUCUUUAAAAUUUGUACCUUACAUCUCUUAAGAUUUGAUGUUGGGAAAAUGAAAAAAAAAUGCUAAAAAUUUGGCUUAAUCUGCUUUGAAUUUAUAUAUAUAUAUUUAUUUAAAAAAAAAAAGAAAAUUUUGUGAAUGAGGUUAUGUAUUCAGAUAAUUGUGAGCACAUAUGUAAAAAAACAAACAAAAAAAACUGACAAUUUUGAUAUGCUAUUGUUAAUUUGUAUGUCAUUUGAAAUUCCCAUUAAAAUGUUAUUUAACCAUAGUCUUGUAUUUGGCAUUUAGUUUGUACGACUUUUAAUGUGCCAUUCUUCUAUUCUCCUUUUUCCAUUUUUUCAAUAAAUAAGAAAACUAAAGGAAACAUUAUUUUAACAUGAGCAAUUUCUUCACAAUAAAUUGUUUAUAAUAUAAGCUAAACAUGUAAAUUAAUAUUAAGAAUUAAAAAAUGCAAAACAUAAAUGAUUUUUCAACAUUAUGGUACCGGUACAUAAAACAAUGAGUAUCAAUUUAUGAAUAUUGUUUAUAAAUUGAUUUAAAAACUAAAAAUUGUUCAAUGGAUUUUAAAACCAAUUGAACCUGACACCAUACAAAUCUUUAUUUUUUAUUUUGCACUGAGAAAUGGUUUUGUGAAAUAGCAAAACUAUUUUAACAAGUAAUAAUUUAUCUUUCAGAGGUAUCCGAAUCAAGCCACUUAUUUCAAAACCAUCAAAGGGGUUAUUUUUCAAGUUCUGUUGCACCUGUUCAGUAUCCAUCACACCAGCAAGGAUUCAAUCAAUCUGGAAGCCAAAGCACUCAGCAUACAAAAUUUGACUGUUUAGCUUCAACAGCUUUGUCAUGCCCAGUUUGUUCUCAUGUUCUGAGGGGUUCAGCUUAUCUCAAGGAACACAUUUUUAAAUACCAUCCAAAUAGUGCACCUUUAUCCUGUUCUCUGUGUGGCAGAGGUUAUCAGACACCUCGGGGCUUGGCUCACCAUAUGCAGUCUCAUAAAGGGAAAACAUUUAUGUGCCCCGUUUGCAGUGUAAAGUUUACACAAAAGUUCUCAAUUAAAACUCACCUGCGUGCAGUCCACAAGUUGGCUAAAUGUAUGAAUUGCUUUGUUGUGCUGAAUAUUGGACAUGAAUUUGAUCAACAUGUCUUAAAUUGUGGGAAUGGAAGUCUAAACAAAGAACAGCCAAAUAAGAAUUGGUUUUAAUGUUUUGCGUAUGCAUCGUGCAUAUUUGCAUGUCUCAAUAAAGUCAGUGCUUUGAAUAGCAGGAGACUUGCUGUAUGAACCAGUAAAUAAUGUAGCCUGACAUUUUAAAAAGUUCUUUUCAAUUUCAAAAAGUGGGAACUCAGUACCGGUAAUAUUAAUGUUGCCUUUGAUUCCAUAAAAAUUUUAUUUUAUUACAUAUAAAACUGACAGGCUGUUUAGAGUACCACAGGAAGAUUCUGGAUUUUAUUUCUUUCAGAUAUGCAUUCUCAACAAAGACGGAAACAUCAGAGAUUCUCCAACACUAUUCUUCGAGCCACUUUCAAUCAGUCGCCAGGAUCCACUUUUUGUCCUUACUGUAAAGAGACUUUCCCAGACAUGUCAUAUUUUCGAUCGCACAUGUCAAACUUCCACAAUGACCAGAUGCCUUUUUCAUGUUCAUUAUGUGGACGAGGCUAUCUCAGCACGUCAGGACUAGCUCGUCACAUGCAAUCUCACCGGGGAAAAACAUUCACAUGUCCAAUUUGUGAUUCAAAGUUUACUCAAAAAUUCACCAUCAAGCCUCAUUUGAGAUCUGUUCAUGGUUUAGAUCAAUGUACAACCUGCUCCUUGUUAUUCAAGCUGGGCUUUGAAUUCAAUCAACAUGUGCUGAAAUGUGGCAACUACGGAAUGGCUGGCACCUCUUGAAAUAUUGCAGAUUUACUAUCAUCCAAGAAAAACUUCAAUCCUGCAUGAUGUACCUGUUAGACUUUUCUAAAGAAGUUAUUUGUGUUGAAGAUAAAUAUAUUUUAUUAAUUAACUUUAUGUUUUUGCUUUAAAUAGAUGAUCUAAUCCUUUUUUCUUAACAUUUGUGUUGCAUAAUGUGGUUUUAAAGGCUUCGUUUGAAACUGCUGACAAAAAACUAAAUAUUUGGUUUUAUCUACCUUGAGUGUAUUCUGAGGACUGAAGUGGACCACUGAAUUUCAACAUUCUUUUGAUUUCAGGUGCCACAUCAAGGAAAGUUUUCCGUUAUGACCUAGGACGUAUUGCUGGUUCUUUAGGACAUGAACUGCCAGCACAAGGCAGGCCAACAUCAUCUAAAAGUGUUAAAGUCCAGCAAGCUGAAGAUCAUCCAGAUAUUGGGCAAUCACAGUUUGCUACUGUAACUUGUCCUUAUUGCUUCCAGAUGCUUUUCAAAGGAAAUCUUCGAGUUCAUAUUUCACAUAACCAUGGAUCUGCCAUGCCUUUUGUUUGUUCUCUGUGUUGUAGAGGCUAUGAAACAAGCCUAGGACUUUCUCGUCACAUGGAUCUCCACCAAGGGAAAUUUAUCAAAUGUCCGAUUUGUGAUAAUAAAUUUUCUCGAAGCUUCACUAUGAAUCGACAUAUGAGACUUGUUCACAAAUCAUCACAAUGCCCCAACUGCCAUUCUACUUAUAAGACUGGCCCUGAAUACAAUCUGCAUUUAAUCUAUUGUAAAAAAUAGUUGGUGCCUGAGUGAUAUACAUGUUAUGUUGUAUGUAUAUAUUGCCUUUUGGAAUGUAUAUAAUUUGAAUACAUCCUUCCAUCACUCUAAUUUUGGGGGAUUGGAACAAUUCAAGCAAAGUUACCCUGGUCCAGAAGUGAUUUGAGCAAGCAAGCAACUCUUAGCCAUAAUAAGAUAUCUAAUUAUAAGUUUUAUAAUACCAAAAACAUACUCAUAACUCCACGACAGGAUGACAUCUGCCAACUCUGGUUCAGAUAUUAUUUGUUUCCCCUUUCUUUAAACAUGACUUCCGAUGGAGAUUUUAGAGCUCCAUAGCAAAAGAAUCUUCUUCUCAUCAAAAACUGUUAGCAGUUUGGCAUAAACAUAGGUGUCGAUUUUAAUCACAUGGAUCGAUUUUAGUCUCGUGGAUCGGCUUCAAAGAGAUAAAUUCAUCAAUUAUCUGAAUGUAAUUAUUUUUCUGAAACUAGGAAUGGACACAGACAUCACAACUAUGCUUAAUAUCGCAAGUGCCAUUGUUCUUACAAAGCUGGCAAUGAAUAAAAUUCACACAUAAUUAGUUGAAAAAAUCGUGCCUGGUUGAUAUACUUGUAUGUGUAAAAUGCCUCGUAGAAUGUAUAUAGUCCUUAAAUACUCCUUCCAUUACUCUGAUUUCAGGUGGAUUUGGACAUAGACCUCAAAGCCACCAUUUGAAUCCUGGUGCCAGAGCUGAUUUGACAAUGCAAGCAACUUUUAGCAAUAAUGGGACUUCCAAUUUCAACUCUGAUAAAACCAAUACAUACUCAUCUCAUAACCACAGGAUGCUGUCGAGCAACUCUGAUUCAGAUGUUCCUUGUCCCCAUUGUUUAAAGAUGAUUCCAGACAGAUAUUUAAAAGCUCACGUUUCAGAACUCCAUGGAAGAACCAUGCCUUUCUCCUGUGACAUUUGUGAACGUGGUUACAAAAGUAUCACUGGUUUAAUCAGUCACAUGGAUCUUCAUAGAGGAAAGUUAUUCAAAUGUCCGAUUUGUGAUAAUAAGUUUUCUCGAAGCUUCACUAUGAAUCGACACAUGAGACUUGUUCACAAAUCAUCACAAUGUCCUAACUGCCAUUCUACUUACAAAGCUGGCCAUGAAUACAAUUUGCAUCUAAUUUAUUGUAAAAAAUAGUUUCUCAGAUUGAUAAAUAAUGUAAUUGUAAAAUGCCUCUUACAAUGUAUAGAGUAGUCCUUAAAAUACCUCCAUCCAUUACUCUUUGAUUUCAGGUGGAUUUGGACAAAGACAUCAGAGUCACCAUAAGUACCCUGGUCCCAGAACUGACUCAACAAUGCAAGCAACCAUUAGCCAUAAUUUGACCAGCAAUUUCAACUAUGAUAAAACCAAUGCAUACUCUUCCCAUAACGACAGGAUGCAAACCAGCAACUCUGAAUCAGAAAAUGUUCCUUGUCCCCAUUGUUUACAAAUGAUCCCGACCAGACAUUUAAAAGCCCACAUUUCAGAAGUCCAUGGAAAGACCAUGCCUUUCUCAUGUGAUAUUUGUGAACGUGGUUACAAAAGCAUUACUGGCCUAAUCAGUCACAUGGAUCUUCAUAAAGGAAAAAAUGUCCUCUGCCCAGUAUGUGAUAAAAGAUUUUUUAGGAAUUACCACUUAAAGAGACAUAUGAAAUUGGUUCACAACUGUGCACAAUGUCCAAAAUGUUCAGAAAUGCUUGAAGCUGGUUCAGUUUACAACCGUCACCUUUUGUACUGUGUCAAAUGAUGUAAUGAUGCUAGGGGAAUGUGCUCAUAUUGAUGCAGUUAGAGAAAUUAAAAACAGAAACAAAUGAAUAUAAACACUUCUUUGCUUUCAGAUAUGCCUGUGCCUCUACGACAACAACAUGUCUUGCAUAAUUGGAGAACAGGUAGUCGUUCUGAUCAAGGAAGCUUUGGAAAUCGAGAUGUUGGGUCAUUCAACAUAUCAUGUGAAACAUGCCCCGUUUGUUUUCAAGCUUUUCCAUCAGAUUGCCUGAAAGCACACAUAUCAAAAAUGCACGGUGAAUCAAUGCCCUACACAUGCUCUCUCUGUAAAAGGGGAUAUCAGAGCCAGGCUGGAUUAAGCAAUCACAUGGAUAUGCAUCAGGGGAAAACGGUUGUCUGUCCUGUUUGUGAUAACAAAUUCUCUCGCAAUUUUACUUUGAAACGCCAUCUCAAGUUUGUCCAUCAGUCAGCUCAAUGCCCACAUUGCUCACUGAUACUCAAAAUUGGUCCAUCUCUCACUGAGCAUAAUUUAUAUUGUGGCUCCUAAGUGUGGUUCCAAAUUUUUUAAAAUCGCAUCCUCAAGUUGAUAGUUAUUUUUUAUCACCACUGCUGUUAAAAUAUAGUGAGGAAUAAAUUAGAAAGCUUGGAAAAUUAAAGAUUAGGUAGUCUGUCUAUUUGAUACAGUGUACUGAUUGGGAGUGUACAAUAUAAGUAAUUAUUAAUUUUUUUAUUUUUAAAUUUUGGUAUAUCCUACUGGUAAAUUAAGUGAUUUUGCAGAAGGGGAUGUUAAAUAUAUUAAUAUAUAUUGGUACUUUAAAAUGUUAAUAUGAUUCCAUUUGAUUAAUGGCUAGUUAUUUUAUAUCACUGUGUCCUGUAAUAUUAUUGUUUAGAGUUUAUGUUUUCUGAAAAGUCUGUCAUUUAAUUUUUUUUUUUUUAUAUACUGACCUUAGAGAGUUGAGAUAUUGUCAUCAUAGCUACUAAAUAAAAAAAUAUUUGUUUAAAAAAAAAAUAAUAAUUUGAAAUUCAUAAAUACCUAUAAGAUUUUUUUGUUUAGAGUUUAUGUUUUCUGAAAAGUCUGUUAUUUAAUUUUUUUUUUUUUAUAUACUGACCUUAGAGAGUUGAGAUAUUGUCAUCAUAGCUACUAAAUAAAAAAAUAUUUGUUUAAAAAAAAAAUAAUAAUUUGAAAUUCAUAAAUACCUAUAAGAGAAUAGCUGUUCAUUGUAUUUAUGUUUUUAUUAUUAUAUGUUCAUAGUUAAUUUAAAUAUGCUUUUUUUUUAAGUGACUUUGGCUAAAGAUACAUUUUGAUACCCUACUUUUAUGAAAAAUUAAUAAAUGUUAAUGUAAUGUCAGCAGCUUUGUUGAUCCAAAUUUUCAACAGGAUUGAUAAACAUGUGUUUUAGUAUUUCUUCUCUUGACUUGUUGAUUGGUAUGUUAUUUUGUUCCAUGCACAGACAUAGCAAAUUAUAUUGAUAAUUUAGAUCAGCAAAAGUAGUGAAUUCUCACAAUCUUUUAAUUUCAGGUCAGAAAUUUUCCAUUGCAAAAUCAUUUUCACCAGCAAGACAACACCACCCAAGACAAAACAGAAGAAUGAAAAGUGCACCUGCAAUUUUGAGGUGUCAGCACUGUAGAAUAAUCUUUGAGGAUUAUUUUGCCCUAAACAAUCACAUGUUUGAGGCCCAUGGCAUACAAAGCCCAUUUGUCUGUUCCUUUUGUGGUAAAGGUUAUCUGACAUCCACUGGACUGAACCUUCACAUGGGAGGACACAAAGGGAAAUCUUAUCUCUGUCCUAUCUGUGAUUCAAAGUUUACUCAAAAAGGAACAAUUAAAAUGCACCUUCGUGGGGUUCAUGGAAUGUCUCAGUGUCUCACAUGCUCUGCAGUUUUCAGAGUGGGCCAAGAUUACGAUAAACAUGUUUUACAUUGUCAAGGGCCAUCAAUAUAAAUAAGAAUUUAUCUUAUUUUUUAAAAUGUGUAAUUCUGUGGUUUAAUUGCAUUUUUUACCUAUUACUAUUAAAUUAUUUUCUGACAAAAACUUGUUUUCUUAAUAAUUUGUUUGAGAAAAAAUAUUUUUAAGUUACUGCCCUCCAGAACAGUUUUCUUGAGAAAAGGGCUCAGCCUGUUAUUAAAGUCUAUGGAAAGUUUUAGAAAUAUAUGAAAAAUAAGUUAUAUUUUGAGACCAUUUAUUCCAUUUUAUUUCAGAGGACAAUGUUGCAGAGUUGCACCAUCCAAGCUCUAGAACCACACGAGAUAAAACUUCUCACACACACAACUUUUAUAGUGAUAAUUUCUCUACACCUUCUCAUAUUAUGAAUAGCUUUAGAUUGAAGAUGAUGUCCCAAUCUUUCACACAAUGUCAAUACUGCCCAGAGACAUUUAUGAGUAGGCGUGAGCUCACCACCCAUCUUGCACGAACUCAUGGCCAUCAGCUGCCAUUCAUCUGCUCCCUAUGUGGAAAAGGCUACCAAUCUCGCCUUGGGCUUGACCUGCACAAGCAGGCUCAUGAAGGCAAAACUUUUCCUUGCCCCAUUUGUGGUGCCAAGCUAUCUCAGAAAGGAAAGGUUAAGCGACACCUCAACAAUGUGCACAAGAAAUCACAGUGCACGAAUUGCUUACAAAUAUUCUCACUGGGUCAAGAAUUUAAUCACCAUGCGCUGCACUGUCUGGGAAUAAGUAGACUUGAAAUCGGGCAUUGAUAUAUUAAUUAGUUGGUAAAUUGAGCAUAUUUACCUAAAAUUAGAUACCGGGUAGUUGAUUGAAAAAGUACUCAUACCCAGUACAUGAUUUCUGGGUUUAAAAUUUGUUUCCACCACUUUUCAAUUACUAUUUGGCAGAAUGCUGUUUCAAACAUUGCACAUGUGACUAUUUGUGUGAAUAAAGGAUCUGGACUGGAAUGUGAAAAUGAGACUUCCUUUUUUUAUUUCAGAAGCUGAAGAGCAGGAACAUCAUUCUUACAUUUAUGAUAGUCAUCAAAGCUCCUCCACUGACCAACACCGUUACCCUCAUUACAAACAACCUAAAAAUUAUGAGGGAAAACAUGGUCAGUCACCUUUGGCUCAUUAUGGAAAAUGUUCACACUGCAGUGAAGUUAUACCUCGGAGCAGCAUAAAACAACACAUUGCUCUGUAUCAUAGACAUGAAAUGCCUUUUGGGUGUGAACUUUGUGGAAAAGGUUUUCUGACAUCUUCAGGUCUGAUGAAUCAUGUGCAAGCCCACGAGGGAAGAAAGUUUAUGUGCCAAAUAUGUGAUUUCAAGUUCAAGCAAAAAGGACAUCUCAAGAAGCAUCUUAAGAACAUUCACAAAUUGGCCCUGUGCCCUGUCUGCUCUAACGCAUAUAACUUGGGCGAAGAAUUUCAUCAGCAUGUAUUACACUGCACAUAGACAAUAAUAUUCAGCAGUGUCAGGAGCACUAAAACCAAUCCUGCCCAUUUGGUUAUAAGCUUCAUUUAUUUAUAGAUUUGAAUUUUCAUUAGGACAUGAAUUUCCAUCGCCCUGCUUAUUUUUAUAAUGAAAUCCUUAUGUAUGUCAGAAUUUUAAGUGAUAAAAUUUACAAUCUCACAUUAGGCUUUAACUCUAAGAUGUACCGGUAUUCAGGGCUGUUUUUUGUAUUUCAGACUUUUUCCCUGUUGACCAGCGAGCGUACAGAUAUAAUCAUCGUUACACUCAAGCCCCUAUAAGGUCAAAGUUUCAGGCAACAUCUGCCAAUAGCAUUCCAUUUCCUCCCAUGAAGAUUCAUGAAUCUUCUGAGACUGCUAACAGAAUAAGAUGUUCGCAGUGUACACAAGAAUUUUACACUCCAGAAUCAUAUCAAUGGCAUUUAUCGCAUGCCCACCUCCAGUUAAGUUGCACGAUUUGUGGUAAAAUAUUUCGAAGCAGAGGAGGUCUUGGUUUCCACAUGGAGGCUCACAAGGGAAGGAAUUUUGUGUGCCCUAUAUGCGAUUUUAGGUUCAAGCACAAGCACCAUCUGAAAGACCAUGUGACAAAUGUGCACAAAAUGUUACUCUGCCCUGUUUGCUUAAUAACAUUUCAUUCAUCUGAGCAAGAUUUAUUUACAUUUCAUCUCAGUACAUGCAGAAAAUAGUAUAAAACUUCCAGAAAUUCAUUCAGCUCCACGUUUUUAUUUGUUCUAUUUGUUUAAAAUGAUGGUAAUGGCUUAGGAAAGGCUAACCUGAAGCAGUUCUUAUCUCUUGUUUUAAAUAAUUUAAUUUUGAGGAACAUUAUCCAACAGUGUUUGUAAAUUUAUUUCAUAGCUUUGUUUUAAAAAAAAUUUAUUUCAUAGCUUUGUUUAAAAAUUUUUUAUUUCAUAGCUUUGUUUUAAGAAUGAUUUUGUUUGUUCAUUAUCUUCUACCUAUAUGAUUUUACAGCAUUUACUUUGUUCAAAAAUUGAUUACUUUGUUUGAUGCCUUCUGAUUAUUACUAAAACCAGAAUUUCAUUGAUAAAAUAUACUAUUUACAACUAAUGUCCAUUUCUCAAUGUUUGUAUUUUUAUGUUAAUCAUCCACACAUUUUUAAAACCAAUUAAAUUAAUUAAUUAAUAUUCAUUUUAAAAUCAAGUUCAUUUAGAGUUUUUUUUGUUGUUUUUUUGGUCACUAAUGUUUUCUUUUGGAAGAUACCAAUCCCAUCAUUCUGUCUUUUUUUCCCGAUUGUAUGUUGCCAUUGCCUUGUAUGUAAGGCUUGUCAAUUCUUAUUUAUUUUUUUUAGUAAUUCUCUUGUGUAUAUUAUAUAUUGUUUCAGAAGGAAAGGGCCUCAGGAAAUUGAAACAGGCUAAAGAUUUGGCCCAUGUGGGAGGCCAGUCACAACAACUGUUAGAGCCAGAAACACAGCCCUAUCUGGAGAUGUUUUCUCCAUCCUAUUCUGGAUUACAUAGUAUUUCUACCUCUUCUAGACCCUGCAUCGACAUGGCCUCCCCUGGGCAGUACGAAGCCAUGAUUCAAAUGUUUGAUGGAGUUUCUAGCCAUCAGGGCAAACCAAUGUCAGACCCUAACAUGAUUAUGAAGUGUCCUCUCUGUGAUAUGUUUCUUGAGUCCAGAAUAUUUUACCAGAAACAUAUGAAUUCUGAACACAGGCAAGCAAAAUACCUGCCUUACACAUGCAAAAUGUGCUUCAUGGGAUUUUUUUCACUCAGUGGCCUGCAAAAACACGUAGAGGCACAUUCUGGUCGUAGGUUCACUUGUGAGUUGUGCAGUGCCAAGUUUACCCAUAAGCACCAUCUGAAACGUCAUUGGUUGGCAGUUCAUAAAACUAGUUUUUGUGAAUAAACAGUCAUUGGUACUGGUACGGUCAAACAAAAAUGGACAUAAAACUUUUUCGAAGUCUUAAUAGUAGCACAUCUGCAAAGAUGCUUUAUGGAAUUUGAUGCUCAAGCAUCUCAUUUAAAAAAAUAUUUUUAUGGACGGGUAAACAUGGAAAGCAUUUAUAGUACGGCUAGGCAUUGGCUAUUUGGGUAAGUAUCAAGUACCGGUAAUAGGUUACAGGGAAGAAAAAGUGUUCUUCGAUACUGUCAUCUUAAUUGGGUACCGCAUUGAAGUCAGAUGGCAUUUAUGUAUGAACAAUGUGAAUUAUGUACCAUACACUGUAUUAAUACAUUUGAAUACAUACAUAUUUUAAUAAAAAAUUUUAAUGUACCGGUACAUCAGAAUGUAUCUUAAAAUUGGUAUGUCAACUCUUGAUAUUUUGUCUUUAUGCAAUCUUUUUACUGGUUACCAAUAGAUCUGGAUAGAAAAAUUAAGACAGCUUUUAAAACAAAUAUUUAUAAUUUUUAUCAAUUUUGCCAUGAGGUAUACAUGAUGAUGGAUGACACAUAAGUAUAAAGUAAAAUCAAUGGUACUUGGGAAUUCAUAAAUAAUUGAUCUAUGCUUUGACCCUGUGACCAUUUGAGUUAUGUGGUUAAUGUAUGCAUGUGUUUAUAACAUGUUUGUUUUAAGUUCAGAAAGAAAACAUGUUAUUCUUGAAUAAAGAUAAAACUUCCAUUUGUACUGUACAUAAUUUCAUGAACAAUAAAUGUGGUAAUACCUCU